AUGGCUAAAGAUUUGAGAUGGCAUUUUGGUAACAAAAGCACUAACGGGAAAAUGCGUCACCCUGUUGAUUAUUUAGCUUGGAACAUAGUUAAUGAUAAAUGGCCCUCAUUUGCAGCUGAUCCACACAAUCUCAGACUUAGACUUGCUACUGAUGGUUUCAACCCAUUCUCCAUCUUAAGCUCUAAAUAUAGUUGUUGGCCGGUAAUGCUUGUGAAUUAUAAUUUGCCUCCUAUGUUGUGCUUGAAGAAAGAGAAUAUUAUGCUAACAUUAUUGAUUCCUGGUCCAAAGCAACUGGGAAACGAUAUAGAUAUCUAUCUGCAACCACUUGUAGAUGAUUUGCAAUUGUUGUGGGAGAAUAGGGUUGAGGCUUAUGAUGCAUUUAGUAAAUCAACUUUCAAUUUGAAGACAAUAUUGAUGUGGACUAUAAAUGACUUUCCAGCAUAUGGAAAUAUUGCUGGCUAUUCUACAAAAGGAAGAAAAGCAUGCCCUAUAUGUGGAAAAAAUACACAUCAUAGAUGGUUAUGCUUCAGCAAGAAGUUUUCAUACAUAGGUCACAGGAAAUUUCUGAAACCCUCACAUCCAUACCGAAGAAAGAAAUCGGGAAAAGGUGGAGAUAAAAAAAGGAAAAGGAGUAAUAAUGAGAUGGUGGUGAUGAUGAUGAGGAUGAGGAUGACACAAGUGACAUUGAUAAUCAGAAUGAGCUUACUAGGUGGAAGAAAAGAUCAAUCUUUUUUCUUUACCGUACUGAAGGAACUUCUAUUACAUCAUAAUUUAGACGUGAUGCAUAUAGAGAAAAACAUUUGUGAGAGCAUAAUAAGCACUAUGUUGCAUAGUGGGAAAUCAAAAGAUGGGAUAAAUGCUCGUACAGACUUGGAAGAUAUUGGAAUUAGGAAAGACUUGCAUCCAGAACAGCGGAGAAGCAGAUUGUACAUGAACACACUAAAAAAAUGUGUCCGAAAUCCUGCGAGACCUAAGGGGUGUAUUGUAGAGUCAUACCUAGCUGAAGUGUGCAUUGCCUUUUGUAGCGAGUUUCUAAAACAGUCGAUACAUGUGAAGGAAAAGGAAGUUCGCAAUGAAGAAUUUGAAAAUGAUGUCAUUUUUGAAGGUCGUUCUAUAUCUAAGACUACUUCAAUCACACUUAUCAAUAAAGAGAAAGAUAUUGCACAUCGUUCAUAUGUAUUUGGAGGAGUUGAAAGCAAAAGACAAAUGAUUCCUAUUGUUUCUAAUGAUCAUUCAAAGACAUUAAGAUGGUUGGCAUAUGGUCCUAAAAAGAGUGCACUAUCAUGUAAGGGAUACAUUAUCAAUGGGCUGCGGUUUCACACAAAGGAUGUUAAUGGGGAAACACAAAAUAGUGGGGUGACUUAUGAUGCAAUAACCAUGUGUAGAGAAAGUGCAAAAGAUACUGCACAAGUGGCUGAUCUGUGUUUAAGUGUCAUUGAGCCAAUAAAGGAAAUGGUGUUAAGGAAGAAGAUGGAUUCACACUUAGAAGAUGAUUCAUAUAAUUGGUAUGUAGUAAUGAAGGCACCACCAAGAGGUUACCAUGAGUUGGAGACAGAUGAUGAGAAUGCACCAAGAGGUUACCAUGAGUUGGAGACAGAUGAUGAGAAUGCAGAUGCAUCUUUUUUGCCACAGGAAAUUGAAAUGGAUAUUGAUGAUUAUGAGACAUUUGCCACAGGAAAUUGA